UGUUUAGUGACGCUGCUGUGACCAUGGCGACGACUGGAACUUUCCGUGUGGUGUCAGAGGAGGAGCAGGCCAUGAGAUCCAAACUGGAGCAUUUGACCGUGAAGGAUCACGGGCCAGUAUUUGGACCGUGCCUCAAACUGCCCGGCCACACUGUGCUCAAGGCGAAAGAUGAGCUGAACGAGACAGAUGAGAAGAAGAUGUCCUCACUGAAAGACCUGCGGGUUAUGAUGAAGGAGAGGGCAGCGGAGGGAGACGACCUGGCCAAAGUGGUGCUGGAGUACUUUGAGGACAAACCCGACUCUCUGCUGCUGAGGUUUCUCAGAGCACGCAAGUUUGAUGUUGUUCGAUCACAUGACCUUAUGAAGGGAUACAUCCACUUCAGGAUGGAGUAUCCUGAGCUGUUUGAGAACCUGACCCCUGAGGCGGUCCGCAGCACCAUUGAGUUGGGCUACCCUCUCAUUCUUCCCACCAGAGACAAAUACGGCCACAUUGUUCUUCUCUUUAACAUUGAGAACUGGGACCUGGAUGAGAUCACCUUUGAUGAGAUUUUAAGGGCAUACUGUGUGAUCCUUGAGAAGUUGCUUGAGAAUGAUGAGACCCAGAUCAAUGGCUUUGUCCUGAUUGAGAAUUUCAAAGGCUUUACCAUGCAGCAUGCCUCUGGAAUUAAACCAGCGGAACUGAAGAAGAUGGUGGACAUGCUGCAGGAUUCCUUCCCCGCCCGUUUCAAGGCAGUCCAUGUUACCCACCAGCCCUGGUACUUCACCACUACCUACAACGUUGUGAAACCCUUCAUGAAGAGCAAGCUUCUGGACAGGGUCUACAUUCAUGGAGACAAUCUGGAGAACUACUUCAAGGAGUUUGAUGCGGACAUCCUGCCUCCAGCUUUUGAUGGGAAAGCUUCGAUUGCCGACUACCAGACCAUCACCAGCCAGCUCUUUGGCUCUGAAGAUACUGCUCUCUGAAAGCCUGCUGUCCAAACGUGAGACAGUCCUCCAUUCACAUGAAUAACAUACAGGGGCCAAAAACAAAAUGGACAUGUAG